AUGAGUCGGUUCCUGCUCGGUGCCCGCCUGCGCCGCGGAGAGUCCUCGCCUCCCUUGGCGGCUGCGGUUCCUAUAGGGACGGAGGCGAGCGCGGCCUGCUGCCGGCGGAGCCGCCUCAGGGCCUGGGCCCUGGCACCAGGUAAUUAUUUCAAGAUGCCUGGGGGUUCAGUGAUUUCGUUCAACUGUGUGGAUUCUUCUCUAUCGUCUCUGAAAAACUGCCAGUCAUACAUAAACACUGGGAUGGAUAUUGCUACUAAUGUUGCUCUUGACCUUGUGGAAAAUCGCAAUGAUGUAGAGGAGGUUAACAGAAUGGAAAGUGUGAUGUUAGAAUAUGCUGCGAUGGACAGAGAGCUAAACCAUUAUAUGCAAGCAGUUGAAGCUACAGUACAUCAGAUAAAACGAGACAAACCAGAAAAUAUACCAGAUCUAAAAGAUUUAGUAAAAAAAAAAUUCACUGCAUUGGAAAGCAAAAACGAUGACUCAGAUUUGAAAAGAAAUGAAAAAUACAUACAUUUUAUGGAACAGCUUAAAAGAAUGAGAAAACAGUUUGGUCCCCGGUCAGAUACUGAUGCAAAUGAGUCCAUUGAACAAAUAGAUGAAGAUAUAGCAGUGACUCAAAGUCAGAUGAACUUUAUUUGUCCUAUCACACAGAUGGAAAUGCAGAAGCCAGUUCGAAAUAAAGUCUGUGGCCAUACCUAUGAAGAAGAAGCCAUUCUAAAAAUUAUACAGCGUCGAGAAAAUCAAAAGAAAAAGGCAUGCUGCCCUAAAAUUGGCUGUAGCCAUUUAGAUGUUAAGAGAUCAGAUCUUGUGCCAGAUGAAGCACUUAAAAGAGCGAUUGACAGUCAGAAUAAACAAGCCCGAUCAAUGCCGUAGAAGUCAGCUGGACACACUGUUACCACAAAGAAAAUUUGUUAUUGGAGGUCUUGUGAGAUAAGCUGCUGAUUGUAAGCAGGUUGUGUAACUGAUUGUUAUUUGAAGUGUUUCAUUUGAAGGCAAAGUUGAAGGUGUCAGCUAUAACUGAAAGCGUAUCUUAAACUGCCAAGUGUGAAGCAUUCCAGUUUAACUUGUUUGUUUUUCUUCCUAAACCUCUAAAAUGUUGCGUUUUAUCAAUAAAAUGUAUGUGAAAAAUGUAA